GGUAGAGGGCAGGUACCCGGAGACUCUGGUCCAAGCUGGGAGGCCACAGCUUCCACCCAGCAGAUACGCUCUCUUUUGGGGGCAAAGGCCCAACAACUUCCCAACUCAAUCCAGCUUUUCCUAUAUUACUAUGUCGACUGGAGCAGAAGGAGCAGCAGCAGCCCCAAACCAGGGCCAAGAGUCCAAGCCCAAGUCCCAGACUCUGGGCAGUUUUCUAGGAAGCCUGCCCCUCUUUGGCUCAGCCCGGAACCUGUUUUCUUCUAACUCAUCAAAAGAGGCUCGUGGGAACAGCAAGUCAGGACCUAAUGCCCAAAAGAGUUCCACGGUAGAUGAGCAUCCUUCUGGAAGCCUGGCCAGGCUGGAGGAGAAACCACCAGGAAAGGAAAUGUCCGAAGCAAAAGAGGUAUGCUCAGUGGUGACUAGGAAAAAGGAAACAGGCACUCCUGGGGUGGCCAAUAUGGUGGAUAUGGCCAAAGGUAUGGUUCAGGGGAGUCUGGACUCCACCAAGUCAAUUGUGAGCAGCACCAAAAACUCUGUCUGCAAGGGAGUCACAGGUACUCUGGACACAGCAAAAGGGGCCACCCAAGUUAUUGCAAAGGGGGCCAUCGAGGGAGGUUUGAACACCACAAAUACCAUUGUGUCUGGAACUAAGGACUUUGUGUGCAGUGGAGUAACAAGUGCAGUGAAUGUAACCAAAGGAGCUGUCCAGAGUGGCUUGGAUGCUACACAAAACAUAGCAACUGGCACUAAAGACACUGUCUGCACUGGAGUCACUGGAGCCUUGAAUGUGGCCAAAGGAACUAUCCAGGGAGGUCUAGAAACCUCAAAAUCAGUCUUAGGUGGAACCAAGGACACUGUGUUAUCUAGUGUCACCGGUGCCACAAAUGUAGCCAAAGGAGCCCUGCAAGCUGGCUUGGAUACCACACAGAAAAUAACAACAGGCACGAAGGACACUGUCUGCACUGGGGUCACUGGAGCCAUGAAUGUGGCCAAAGGAGUUGUCCAAGGAGGUCUGGACACCUCAAAAUCAGUUUUAGGUGGAACUAAAGACACUGUGUUAUCUAGUGUCACCGGUGCCACAAAUGUAGCCAAAGGAGCUCUGCAAACUGGUUUGGACACCACACAGAAAAUAGCAACAGGCACUAAGGACACUGUCUGCACUGGGGUCACUGGAGCCAUGAAUGUGGCCAAAGGAGUUGUCCAAGGAGGUCUGGACACCUCAAAAUCAGUUUUAGGUGGAACUAAAGACACUGUGUUAUCUAGUGUCACCGGUGCCACAAAUGUAGCCAAAGGAGCUCUGCAAACUGGUUUGGACACCACACAGAAAAUAGCAACAGGCACUAAGGACACUGUCUGCACUGGGGUCACUGGAGCCAUGAAUGUGGCCAAAGGAGUUGUCCAAGGAGGUCUGGACACCUCAAAAUCAGUUUUAGGUGGAACUAAAGACACUGUGUUAUCUAGUGUCACCGGUGCCACAAAUGUAGCCAAGGGAGCCCUACAAACUGGUUUGGACACCACACAGAAAAUAGCAACAGGCACGAAGGACACUGUCUGCACUGGGGUCACUGGUGCAGUGAAUGUGGCCAAAGGAGUUGUCCAAGGAGGUCUGGACACCUCAAAAUCAGUUUUAGGUGGAACCAAGGACACUGUAUUAUCUAGUGUCACCGGUGCCACAAAUGUAACCAAGGGAGCCCUGCAAACUGGUUUGGACACCACACAGAAAAUAGCAACAGGCACUAAGGACACUGUCAGCACUGGGCUCACUGGAGCCAUGAAUGUGGCCAAAGGAGUUGUCCAAGGAGGUCUGGACACCUCAAAAUCAGUUUUAGGUGGAACUAAAGACACUGUGUUAUCUAGUGUCACCGGUGCCACAAAUGUAGCCAAAGGAGCUCUGCAAACUGGUUUGGACACCACACAGAAAAUAGCAACAGGCACUAAGGACACUGUCUACACUGGGGUCACUGGAGCCAUGAAUGUGGCCAAAGGAGUUGUCCAAGGAGGUCUGGACACCUCAAAAUCAGUCUUAGGUGGAACCAAGGACACUGUUCUCAGUAGUGUGACUGGUGCAACAAAAAUGGCCAAAGGAGCUGUCCAGAGUAGCUUGGAUGCUACACAAAACAUAGCAACUGGUACUAAAGACACUGUCUACAGUGGGGUCACUGGUGCAGUGAAUGUGGCCAAAGGAGUUUUCCAAGGAGGUCUGGACACCUCAAAAUCAGUUUUAGGUGGAACCAAGGACACUGUAUUAUCUAGUGUCACCGGUGCCACAAAUGUAGCCAAGGGAGCCCUGCAAACUGGUUUGGACACCACACAGAAAAUAGCAACAGGCACGAAGGACACUGUCUGCACUGGGCUCACUGGAGCCAUGAAUGUGGCCAAAGGAGUUGUCCAAGGAGGUCUGGACACCUCAAAAUCAGUUUUAGGUGGAACUAAAGAUACCUUGUUAUCUAGUGUCACCGGUGCCACAAAUGUAGCCAAGGGAGCCCUGCAAACUGGCUUGGACACCACACAGAAAAUAGCAACAGGCACGAAGGACACUGCCUGCACUGGGGUCACUGGUGCAGUGAAUGUGGCCAAAGGAGUUGUCCAAGGAGGUCUGGACACCUCAAAAUCAGUUUUAGGUGGAACCAAGGACACUGUGUUAUCUAGUGUCACUGGUGCCACAAAUGUAGCCAAAGGAGCUCUGCAAACUGGUUUGGACACCACACAGAAAACAGCAACAGGCACUAAGGACACUGUCUGCACUGGGCUCACUGGAGCCAUGAAUGUGGCCAAAGGAGUUGUCCAAGGAGGUCUGGACACCUCAAAAUCAGUCUUAGGUGGAACUAAAGACACUGUGUUAUCUAGUGUCACAGGUGCCACAAAUGCAGCCAAGGGAGCCCUACAAACUGGUUUGGACACCACACAGAAAAUAGCAACAGGCACGAAGGACACUGUCUGCACUGGGCUCACUGGAGCCAUGAAUGUGGCCAAAGGAGUUGUCCAAGGAGGCCUGGACACCUCAAAAUCUGUUUUAGGUGGAACUAAAGACACUGUGUUAUCUAGUGUCACCAGUGCCACAAAUAUAACCAAGGGAGCGCUGCAAACUGGUUUGGACACCACACAGAAAAUAGCAACAGGCACUAAGGACACUGUCUGCACUGGGGUCACUGGAGCCAUGAAUGUGGCCAAAGGAGUUGUCCAAGGAGGUCUGGACACCUCAAAAUCAGUUUUAGGUGGAACCAAGGACACUGUAUUAUCUAGUGUCACCGGUGCCACAAAUGUAGCCAAGGGAGCCCUGCAAACUGGUUUGGACACCACACAGAAAAUAGCCACUGGCACUAAGGACACUGUCUGCACUGGGGUCACUGGAGCCAUGAAUGUGGCCAAAGGAGUUGUCCAAGGAGGUCUGGACACCUCAAAAUCAGUUUUAGGUGGAACUAAAGAUACCUUGUUAUCUAGUGUCACCGGUGCCACAAAUGUAACCAAGGGAGCCCUGCAAACUGGCUUGGACACCACACAGAAAAUAGCAACAGGCACAAAGGACACUGUCUGCACUGGGGUCACUGGAGCCAUGAAUGUGGCCAAAGGAGUUAUUCAAGGAGGUCUGGACACCUCUAAAUCAGUCUUAGGUGGAACCAAGGACACUGUUUUAUCUAGUGUCACCAGUGCCACAAAUGUAGCCAAGGGAGCCCUGCAAACUGGUUUGGACACCACACAGAAAAUAGCAACUGGUACAAAGGACACUGUCUGCACUGGGGUCACUGGAGCCAUGAAUGUGGCCAAAGGAGUUGUCCAAGGAGGUCUGGACACCUCAAAAUCAGUUUUAGGUGGAACUAAAGAUACCUUGUUAUCUAGUGUCACCGGUGCCACAAAUGUAACCAAGGGAGCCCUGCAAACUGGCUUGGACACCACACAGAAAAUAGCAACAGGCACAAAGGACACUGUCUGCACUGGGGUCACUGGAGCCAUGAAUGUGGCCAAAGGAGUUAUUCAAGGAGGUCUGGACACCUCAAAAUCAGUCUUAGGUGGAACCAAGGACACUGUUUUAUCUAGUGUCACCAGUGCCACAAAUGUAGCCAAGGGAGCCCUGCAAACUGGUUUGGACACCACACAGAAAAUAGCAACUGGUACAAAGGACACUGUCUGCACUGGAGUCACUGGAGCCAUGAAUGUGGCCAAAGGAGUUGUCCAAGGAGGUCUGGACACCUCAAAAUCAGUUUUAGGUGGAACUAAAGACACUGUAUUAUCUAGUGUCACCGGUGCCACAAAUGUAGCCAAGGGAGCUCUGCAAACUGGCUUGGACACCACACAGAAAAUAGCAACAGGCACGAAGGACACUGUCUGCACUGGGGUCACUGGAGCCAUGAAUGUGGCCAAAGGAGUUGUUCAAGGAGGUCUGGACACCUCAAAAUCAGUUGUGACUGGUGCAACAAAAAUGGCCAAAGGAGCUGUCCAGAGUAGCUUGGAUGCUACACAAAACAUAGCUACUGGCAAUAAGGAUUUUGGAUGCAGUACAGUCACUGGUGCAGUGAAUGAAAGUAUUUUCCAGGAGGAAGGUAUAGACACCACAAAAUGCAUCAUGAGUGGAACCAACAACUGGAUCUGCAGUGGUUUGACUGGUACAAUGCCCAUGGCCAAAGGAACCAUUCAGACUGGGUUGAAUACCACACCAUUAGUCAUCCCCGUCAACAAAGAUGCUAUGUCCAGAGAAGAGACUAAAGCAGAGGACCGGGCCAGAAAAGCUGUCCCUGGAUGUACAGACACCACCACAGUAGCUACAACAGGCACCACAGGCCUGGUCACCAGCAUGAGAGAUUUUGCUAAAGAAGUCCCCCAGGUAGAAACAAGCGUAUCUGACUACCCCAGCCUAGGUAAAGAGCCUGGUGCCACCUGUGUGGUGAUGAGCAACAUGGAAACUCUAGUGCACAAGUCAGAGAAGCAGCUGCCUGCUUUCCUCCCCAUGAACGAAGAAGAACAAGCUCAGCUGGCUGCCUCUGAUCUCGGGCCAAAGGUGCUGUCCACAGACCAGAACAAUUACUUUGUGCAAUUGGGAAACCUGUCCACCAGCCUGCACCAGCGGGCCUAUGAGCACACCCUAAGCAAACUGUGGCAGAACAAGGCACAGGCCUGGGGGACCUUGGCCCAGUUGCAGGAAACCCUCAAACUGAUUGAAGAGGCCAAACAGGACACAGAGGAGAGCCAUGCCGGUGAAGAGGGAAGACUAUUCCACCAGCAGAGGCUGGGCUGGAGCCAGUGCCAGGAGACUGAACAGACAGAGCUACCAGAGUCCAGGCUUCUCCCCAGGGCUCGAAGCCUAGUCCAACAGCUCCACGCCAGCUAUGGGGUCCUGGCCACCAGCCUCCAGGGCCUCCCUACUGAGUUUCAGCAGGGGAUUCGGCGGGCACGUCACAGUGUGGGGGAACUUCAUGGUCUCCUUGCCAUUGCUCGUUCCUUUGGGGACUUGUCUGCCAUUGAGCUGGCCCAGAGUCGUGAGAGCCUGAAUCACACAUGGCAGGGCCUAGAAGGGCUGAUGGCAGGCCUGGCACAGGAACCCCCACUCACCUGGCUGAUGGGCCCCUUUACCAUGAUUAAGGAGUAAAAUACCAGGAGAAACCCCUUUUUUCCCCAAAUGCUUAAGUUUGGAGUAAACCAAUGCUAUAUGCUUUAA